AUGGAGGCUUCCACCCCGACCCCUCGCCGAGGCGGCGGAGCCCCCGCCGACUACGCCGCCAUGUCCCCCUCCUUUUCCCACACGCCCAGGAGCGGCGCCUCUUCCUCCGCCCACAAGCCCCCCACAAGCAGGCACCGGGAUCGGGGCCCCCUCCUCUUCAACGGCAGCAGCAACAGCAGCAUCCACACUGCCCAGCAGACCGCAGCACAGCAGCAGCAAACCUCCACCUCCUCCAAGGGGUCCGGAUCCGGAGGCGUUAACGUCCAGGUCCUCCUCAGAUGCAGGCCAUUGAGCGAGGAGGAACGCCGCGUCGGCACUCCUGUGGUGGUCACUUGCAAUGACCAGAGACGGGAGGUUUCCGUUGCCCAGAACAUCGCUAACAAGCAAAUUGAUCGCACCUUUGCAUUCGACAAGGUGUUCGGACCAAAGUCUCAGCAGCAGGAUGUCUUCAACCAUGCUGUUGUGCCACUUGUCAGCGAGGUUUUGGACGGUUACAAUUGCACAAUAUUUGCAUAUGGCCAGACUGGAACUGGCAAAACAUACACAAUGGAAGGAGGAGGAGGAGGCAAAGCACUGAACGGCGACCUCCCAUCUGAUGCCGGUGUCAUUCCAAGGGCUGUUAAGCGCAUAUUUGACAUCCUCGAGGCACAGAGUGCAGAGUACAGCAUGAAGGUUUCUUUUCUUGAGUUGUACAAUGAGGAGCUCACUGACCUUCUAGCCCCGGAGGAAUCCAAAUUCUCUGAUGACAAGUCCAAGAAGCCUAUGGCGCUCAUGGAGGAUGGCAAGGGAGGAGUCUUUGUUAGAGGGCUCGAGGAAGAGCUAGUUUCUUCGGCUGCCGAGAUCUACAGGAUACUGGAGAGAGGCUCUGCAAAGAGGAAAACUGCUGAAACUCUUCUCAACAAGCAAAGCAGUCGCUCACACUCUAUUUUCUCUAUCACCAUCCAUAUUAAGGAAUGCACACAUGAGGGUGAGGAAAUGAUCAAGUGUGGAAAGCUUAAUCUCGUUGACCUUGCUGGCUCUGAAAACAUAUCUAGGUCCGGUGCUAGAGACGGGCGAGCUCGCGAAGCAGGAGAAAUUAACAAGAGUCUGCUUACACUUGGGCGUGUCAUUAAUACUCUUGUUGAGCACUCUGGACACAUACCAUACAGGGAUAGCAAGUUAACAAGAUUGUUAAGAGAUUCCUUGGGAGGGAAGACAAAGACUUGCAUCAUAGCGACCAUCUCACCUUCAGUACACUGCCUUGAGGAGACGCUAAGCACCCUGGAUUACGCGCAUCGUGCAAAACACAUCAAGAAUAAGCCAGAGGUCAAUCAAAAGAUGAUGAAAUCUGCGCUCAUCAAAGAUUUGUACUUUGAAAUGGACCGUCUCAAGCAAGAACUGUAUGCUGCAAGGGAGAAAAAUGGUGUUUAUAUUCCGAGGGAACAAUACUUAGCAGAUGAAGCUGAAAAGAAGGCUAUGUCAGAGAAACUGGAUCGUUUGGAGCUUAUUUUGGAUUCAAAAGAUAAGCAAUUAGAAGAGCUUCAAGGACUCUAUGAUUCUCAGAAAGUUCUGAGUGCAGAUCUAAGUGAUCAACUUGAGACAUUACAGAAAAGAAUGAAGGAAACAGAGUGCACCCUAGCGGAUCUUGAAGCGAAAUACAUGAAGGCAAAUAAUACUAUUAAGGAGAAGCAAUAUUUGAUAGAAAAUCUUCUUAAAUCAGAAAAAGUUCUUGUUGGUGAAGCACAAAGACUCCGAUCAGAGCUGGAGAAUACAGCAGGGGAUCUAUAUGGGCUAUUUUCAAAAUUAGAAAGGAAGGAAAAGAUUGAAGAUACAAAUAGAAGUACAAUUCAACAUUUCCAUUCCCAGCUGACUCAAGACAUUAGUGUCUUGCAUAGAACAGUCUCAACCUCGGUUUCUCAACAGGAGAGCCAACUAAAAUCACUUGAAGAAGAGAUGCAAUCUUUUGUCACCUCAAAGGGCAAGGUUGCUGGAGGACUUCAAGAGCAUGUAAGAAAGCUCAAAGAGAGCUUCAAUUCUAGGAUAGCAGAAUUGCAUGGUUUUGCAAAUGAGCUCAAGCAUAAAUCUGUGUUGAGCUUUGAAAACCUUAAUUCGCAAGUUAUCACACACACAUCUGGCCUUGAGGAUUGCAUGAAGGGCCUGUUGGUUGAUGCUGACCAAAUACUCAUUGCACUACAAAAUGGGCUUUCUCAGCAAGAAGUGAACUUUGCUACAUUUAUUGAGCAGCAGCAUGAGGGGCUCUCUAGAAAUUUGGAGAGAACAAAGUCUGUUUCGACAACUACAAUGAACUUCUUUAAAACUAUAGAUUCCCAUGCAUUGGAGCUCAUAAAGAUUCUGGAAGAAUCACAGAUGGAACAUCAAAAGCAACUCUUCCAGCUUCAGAAGAAGUUUGAGGCCUUUGUUGCUGAUGAAGAGAAGUACUUGAUGGAGAAGGUCGCAGGGUUAUUUGCAGAAUCGAAUGCUAGAAAGAAAAAUAUGGUUCAAGGUGAUAUAUGCAGCCUCAAUAGGACUGCUUCUGAGCGUUCAAACAAUUUACAAACUGAAACUACCAAGCUUCAUGAUUUUACAUCUUCUAUGAAAGAGCAAUGGGAAGCCUACAUGAUGAGAACUGAAGAGGCAUUCCAACAAAAUGUAUCAUCUAUUGAACAGAAACGAUGCUUCUUGGCAGGGAAUUUGCAGCAGUGCAAGGGAAGGGUAGAAUCAUGUUCAGAACAAUGGGUUACUGCACAAAAUUUGGUGUUGGCGCUUGGAAGAAACAAUGCAGAAGCCAUUGGUUCAGUCAUAAGUGCUGGGAAUGAGGUGAGCAACCAACUGGAUGCAAGGUUUUCAUCUGCUGUCACUGCUGGAUUUGAAGAUAGUGACAUUUCAAGCAAAUCCCUUCUUAGUUCUAUUGACGAUUCAUUAAAAUUAGACCAUGGUAUCUGCAACAAUGUGAAAUCCAUCGUGAUGACAUCUAGAGCAGAACUUCAUGACUUGGAACAUGGUCACUAUGAGAAGACAAAAGUAAUAACAGCGAAUGCUGAUAGAUCUCUGGGAGAUGAUUAUAAGGUGGAUGAAGCAACUUGUUCAACACCGAGAAGGCGUGAGAUCAACAUUCCGGACAGCCAAUCGAUCAGGGAGUUGGUAACCCCCCUUGAAGAUCUCGUGAAAGCAUUUUGGGACAGCAGAACACCGACGAAGCUUGCUGUAAAUGGAAACGGGAAGCAGCAGUUGGCAGGGUCGACGACACCCGAAACACAGAGAGCCCCUCUUGCCGCGAUAAACUAG